UGCGAGCUGAAAAAAAAAAAAAAAAAAAUGGCGACUAAGAAAGUGCAUCGAUUUUCCUCUGAAGUGGAUUUGCAAAUGUCAGUCUGCUCUUUAAUUGCUGAAAAGUCUACUAAAGCCAUAGCAGACCACGGUUUCUUCGCAGUUGCAUUUUCUGGAGGAAGUAGCGCGAAGAUCGUUUGCAAGGGGCUUGUUUCUCUGGGGCUGAAGUUAGAUUUUUCCAAAUGGCGAGUUUUCUUUUGUGAUGAGCGCUAUGCUAGUCUAAACCACCCUGAUAGCAACUACAAACUAGUAAAGGAUAACCUAUUGGAUGUCAUCAAGACGAAGCCAGAGUGCGUGAUAAGUCUGGACUAUAGCUUACCCUUGGAAAAAGCAGCAGUGGAAUACGAAAAAAGACUAAGAGAAUUAUUCCCUAGCGAAAAAGAGCCUCCUCAGUUAGAUAUGCUUCUUUUGGGGAUGGGGCCUGAUGGGCACAUUUGUUCCCUUUUCCCAGGCCACCCAUUGCUCACUGAGUCAUCAAAGCUAGUCGCUGCAAUUUCCGAUUCGCCUAAGCCUCCACCGUCUCGAAUUACUCUAACAUAUGCACUACUCAAUGAAGCACAUUCUGCUGUAUUUGUAGCUACAGGCUCUGGCAAGGCGGAGGUUGUGAAAAGAGUAUUAGAGGGAAAUGAAUCAGACCCUCUUCCGGCUGCAAGGCUGAAGCUUACAAAUGGAGAUACUCACUGGUUUGUCGAUGAUGCCUCUGCAAGUCUGUUGACAAAACCUGGACUUUAGAGUAUGAAACAAGUGAAUGGUUUGAUUAGCUUAACAAGUUUGUCAAAGAUUUCAGAAAUAAUUUGGACACUAUGCUUCUUUUGAUGAGGGGGAUAAUUGGCAUAUGUAAUGGUAUCUAAUGGGGGGAUGGAUAGGUUCACGGAUCGGCGGAUUCGGCCUCUAAAUGCUCACGGAUUACGGAUUUUGAUGAUUAUUUCAGCGGAUUGGCGGAUUUUGGAAAUACGGCGGAUCACGGAUCUGUUGACAAUUUGGGCACAGAUUUCGGAUUUUGACUGCUUUGACUGUAGAAUUUUAGUUUUUAAGUGAAUUUCAAUCAAUUCUUUUGUUUAUCUGUCAAACCAUGCGGAUCUAAAAAUAUCUGCAGAUCCACGGAUUUGCCCCGAAAAUGUUGCAGAUCGGCGGAUUUACAUACCCCUAUUCACCCCCCCCCCCUAAUAGUUCUGCUUCUGUAGCAGAGCAUUUUCCAUUACAAAAAAAUAUCUUUAAAUUAGUGAGCAGCUCACAUAGAACAUUCUAUCAAUCAAUCAACAGUCUCUAUUGUCUUUGGGUAAACAUUUUAAUCAGCAACUGAAACUUAGUGAAAUGUACCAAUACUAUAUUUCAUACUUUUGCCUUAGUUGAAUAAAUUACAAAGUAAUGCA